AUGACUACCGGUAUUACCAGACCUCGCGAUGUUGAGACGCUGGAAGAUGCGUUCCAGGACAUUAAGAAGCAAAGAACGCAAUCGUUUGAUCGCUCAGCAUUGAGCGAACCGGUUUCUACAAUCGAGAUUAUUCCAACAGAUAAAUUCAAGAAACAGAAUGUUGCAGGCUACAAGUCGUCUAAAGUAAGUGAGACUGCUGGUAGUGGAAACCCGACUGCUUUUGAAGAAGAACUCUCUCAGAUGGAGCACGAAUCCGUGAUAGAAACUGAGAAGGGCCAGACUAAUCUUUGGUGCAGGAAACCGAUUCCUGACGAUUUCGAUCCGAAUUUGUCAGACAUAUCUUUCCAGCAGCUAGAUGCAGAACAGGCGAUUCUUCCUGGCCAAUACGAUUCGAAUACCAAUGUUGUGACGCGGUUUUUCGGUGUCACGGAUCAUGGUAACUCCAUUCUCUGUAACGUUACCGGUUUUAAGCACUAUCUGUACGUGCCAGCACCUCUGGGGUUCCAGCAGACGGAUGUGGCGACGCUAGUGCAGUACUUGAAUGAGCAUUUCGAAAAUAAUGUGGACAGCAUCAAAAUAGUGUCAAAGCAAAGUAUUUGGGGGUUCUCUGGUGAUGCUAAAAUACCCUUUCUACAAAUAUUCGUUAAGAAUCCAAACAUGUUGAAUAAGAUAAGGACUGGCUUUGAAAAGGGGUACAUCCAGCCCAAUGAUAAGUGGUUUGUCGGCGGAUGCACGACUUAUGAUAACAUCGCUUAUACCCUUCGAUUAAUGAUUGAUUGCGGCAUCGUAGGAAUGUCUUGGAUCACUCUACCAGCUUCCAAGUACAUAAUGGUCCCUCAGGAUCAAAGAGUGUCUACAUGUCAAUUCGAGGUUAACAUCAACUACAAAGAUUUGAUUUCCCACCCAGCUGAAGGCGAUUGGUCGCAUAAUGCACCAUUAAGAAUCAUGUCGUUUGAUAUAGAAUGUGCUGGUAGACCUGGCAUUUUCCCAGAACCUGAGCAUGAUGCUGUCAUUCAGAUUGCAAACGUUGUCAGUAUCGCUGGUGCUCCUAAACCCUUCAUUAGAAACGUGUUCACGGUGAACACAUGUUCUCCUAUCACAGGAUCGCAGAUCUUCGAGCAUGAGCAAGAAUCAGAUAUGCUUAAACAUUGGCGUGACUUUAUCGUAGAAGUCGAUCCUGAUGUUAUUAUUGGUUACAAUACUACAAAUUUCGAUUUUCCUUAUCUUCUCGAUAGAGCAGCAGCCCUGGGGGUGCAUUCAUUCCCUUAUUUUGGAAGACUAUCCAAUGUGAAACAAGAAAUCAAAUCUUCCACGUUCUCCUCUAAAGCUUAUGGUACUAGAGAAUCUAAGAACGUUAAUAUUGACGGACGGUUGCAAUUAGAUUUACUUCAGUUUGUUCAAAGAGAGUACAAGCUAAGAUCUUACACUUUAAAUUCUGUUUCAGCUCACUUUUUGGGUGAACAGAAGGAAGAUGUUCAUCAUAGCAUCAUUACAUCACUUCAAAAUGGUGAUAGUGAGACAAGAAGAAGGUUGGCUGUGUACUGUUUAAAAGACGCGUAUCUUCCACUGAGACUUAUGGAAAAACUUAUGGCUUUGGUUAACUAUACAGAGAUGUCUAGGGUCACAGGUGUUCCAUUUAUGUAUUUGUUGUCUCGUGGACAACAAAUCAAGGUUAUUUCACAACUUUUCAGAAAGUGUCUACAGAUUGAAACAGUGAUUCCAAAUAUGGGUUCUCAAGGGUCUGAAGAGCAAUACGAAGGUGCUACCGUUAUUGAGCCGAAGAGAGGCUAUUAUGAUGUCCCUAUUGCAACAUUAGAUUUCAGCUCUCUAUAUCCUAGUAUUAUGAUGGCACACAACCUUUGUUAUACCACUCUCUGUGAUAGAUCCACAGUAAAAAGACUCAAUUUGAAGGAAAAUGAUGAUUAUAUUGUAACACCUAAUAACGACAUUUUCGUCACCCAAAAAGUGAGAAAGGGUGUCCUACCGGAGAUUUUAGACGAAUUGCUUAGUGCUAGAAAAAAGGCCAAGCGUGAUUUGAAGAAUGAAACAGAUCCCUUUAAAAGAGAUGUUCUUAACGGUAGACAAUUAGCAUUGAAAAUUUCUGCCAAUUCAGUUUAUGGGUUCACUGGUGCUACUGUCGGUAAGUUACCAUGUUUAGCUAUAUCAUCUUCUGUCACUGCAUUUGGGCGUACUAUGAUUGAGGCAACGAAGAACGCUGUUGAGGAAAAAUAUAGCAUCAAAAAUGGAGCAACACAUGACGCCGUUGUUGUUUACGGUGAUACUGAUUCCGUUAUGGUAAAAUUCGGUACUACCAAUUUAGAAGAAUCAAUGAAAUUAGGGGCCGAGGCUGCAGAUUACGUUUCAGGAUUGUUCAAAAAUCCAAUAAAGUUAGAGUUCGAGAAAGUUUAUUUCCCAUACUUAUUGAUUAACAAAAAGAGAUAUGCAGGUUUAUACUGGACAAAUCCCGAAAAAUAUGAUAAACUAGACCAAAAAGGUCUAGCAUCUGUUCGUCGAGACUCAUGUCCGCUUGUUUCGAUAGUUAUGAACAAGGUUUUGAGGAAGAUUUUGAUUGAUAGAAAUGUCGAAGGUGCCUUGCAAUUUAUUAGGGAGACUAUUGAUGAUAUAUUGCAGAAUCGUUGUGAUAUAUCAAAAUUGAUUAUAUCUAAAACGUUGGCGCCCAAUUAUACCAAUCCACAACCACAUGCUGUACUUGCAGAACGUAUGAAGAAAAGAGAUGGAGUGGGCCCAAACGUAGGUGAUCGUGUUGAUUAUGUUAUUAUUGGUGGUAAUGAUAAACUUUUCAACAGAGCAGAAGAUCCACUGUAUGUUUUAGAACAAAAUAUUCAACUCGACUCGAUGUACUACCUAACGAAUCAGUUGCAAAAUCCAAUAAUUAGUAUAAUUGCACCAAUUAUAGGUGAAAAACAAGCAAACUCUAUGUUUAUUGUAAAGUCUAUUAAACGUCAAAGUGGUCCUGUUGGAUUAGCUUCUAAGCAGAAAGGUGGCUUGAUGAGUUUUGUCAAGAAAGUUGAAACUUGUAAGGGUUGUAAAGGUGUUUUACGCAAAGGAGAAGGUCCAUUAUGUAACGACUGUCUUUCAAGAUCCGGUGAGCUUUAUCUGAAAGCUUUAUAUGAUGUCAGAACCUUAGAAGAACGCUUUUCAAGACUUUGGACACAAUGUCAGCGCUGCUCUGGCUCUUUGCAUAAUGAAGUUUUAUGCUCCAACAAAAAUUGUGAUAUAUUUUACAUGAGAGUUAAAGCUAAAAAGGAGCUUCAAGAAAAGGCUAUAGAAUUGAGUAAAUGGUGA